ACCUUGACUACGCCUCUGCCUUUGACUUGUUGUUGUCGACGUAUUUCCUUACCAUCUAAUUCGAGCAGCACAUUUACGUCGUAUCGAAAAGUCAGGUUGUCAUCACAGUGGAAAUGCACCCCCAAAAUUUUCCCCGCCUCAGGAUUCGAGGUGAUUGACCAGUCCGUCGAGAUUGACGAGGAGACUCUGUCGACGUAUCAGCCAGAAAAAUAUUACCCUGUCAAACAGGGCGAGAUACUCAAUGAUCGGUAUCAAACACUUGCCAAAAUAGGAUAUGGAGUCACGUCAACAGUUUGGCUUACGAAGGAUUUAGUCGCGUCAACAUAUGUUGUCUUGAAAGUUUUCGUGACGGGUCAAGACCGGGACCAUGAGCGAGAGCUGAAUGUUUAUAAGCACAUGGGUUUGCAGGAAACAAGACAUCCAGGUAGAAACUUUGUUCGCAAGCUCCUUGACCAUUUUUACAUUCAAGGACCCCAUGGUCGUUAUGUUUGCCUUGUUCAUGAACCCCUCGGAAUGAGUGCAGAUCUUUUGAUAAAGAUGUCUCCGGGGCAAGCAAUGUCCCUUGAUGACAUGAAGCCAGGUAUCCGACAGUUACUUGUUGCUCUGGAUUAUCUGUAUUCAGAGUGUCAUAUUAUCCAUACGGGUAAUAUCUCAAUCCUUCUGACGAGCUUAUGUUAUGGAUCUAACUCUGAUGCAGAUCUUCAACUGAAGAACUUACUACUUCCCGGUCCAGAGACAAGCUAUCUUUCGCGGUUCGAAGAAGCUGAAGUUGCAGACCCAUCACCUAGAAAGAUACUUCAUGACCGGGAACUUUACAGAUCUUUGAGUUUCCUUCCAAGAGGCGGUGGACUACCGCUUCUCACCGAUUUUGGAGAAGCCAGGCCGGGCGACAAAGAAAACAAUGAUGAUAUCAUGCCAAAUGUUUACAGAGCUCCCGAAGUGAUGCUGAGAUCGAAUUGGGGAUAUAAAGUGGACAUAUGGAAUGUUGCCAUGGUUGCUUGGGACAUUGUUUGCUCUCGCACGCUUGUUAAUGGUAAAAAUGCAGAUGGUAUAUUUGACGAUCGGGUCCAUAUGGCAGAGCUUGUUGCCCUUCUUGGCCCUCCACCAGCCGAAUUUCGGGAACAGAGGCACCUGAGCUCGGUCUUCUGGGACGAGUCGGGCAAUUGGAAGGAAACAGCUCCAAUUCCAAGUACUACUCUCGAGAGUCUGGCAGCGAACAUCCAGGGAGAAGACAAAGAAGGGUUUCUACGAUGGCUCCGGAUGGCCUUGCAGUGGCAGCCCGAGGAGCGGGCAGCGGCUUUGGAGCUGUUGUAUGAUGAGUGGCUGAUGAAGGGGCUAGGAGAAUGA